ACUCCAACCCCACUCUUCAACCAACCCAACCACCCACAGAUUCCCAUUUCCUCCCCCCACAUGCCACCAUUUCCUCCUCUCCUUACCGCCGCAGCAACCAUCUAAUACUCCACCAAAGGUUUUGGUACUAAUUUUUACGUCAGCAUUGCGUAAAUGGCGCAGCUUUCUCGCCAACAGUCCGACUUAAAAAACCGAGUGAUCACUUGCCUCAACAAGCUCUCCGACCGGGACACUCUUCCCCAAGCCUCCAACGAGCUCGAGUCCAUAGCUAAGACCUUGUCCAACGACGGUUUUGCACCUUUCCUAACUUGCCUCUCCGCCACUGAUUCUUCCGACAAGUCCCCAGUCCGCCGCCAAUGCGUCCGCAUCCUCGGCAUCCUCUCCGCCGCGCAUGGCGACGCUCUUUCCCCUUACCUCUCCAAAAUGCUCUCCUCCCUCCUCCGACGCCUUCGCGACCCUGACAGCUCCGUCCGCUCCGCCUGCGUCGACGCCGUCUCCUCCAUUGCCUCGCACAUAACUAGACCGCCGUUUUCUCUCAUUUCGAAGCCUUUGAUCGAUUGUAUAUCUCACGAGCAGGACUACAAUGCGCAGAUCGGAGCUUCACUCUGUUUUGCCGCUGCUAUUGAGGCUGCGCCGGAGCCUGACCCUGCCGAGCUCAAGAAACUCUUGCCUAGACUGCUAAAACUGGUGAAAAAUGAUUGCUUCAAAGCAAAAUCUGCUUUGCUGUCGCUAGUUGGCAGCAUAGCUAGGGUUGGAGGUGCUUCCAGUAAAAAUGUAGUCAAUAGUUUGGUUUCGACUAUGGUCGAGUUCCUGAGUAGCGACGAUUGGUCGGCAAGGAAGGCUGCCGCCGAAGCAUUGGGGAUGUUAGCAGUGGCAGAGAGGGAUUUUUUAUCAGAUUUUAAGUCCAACUGUGUAGCUGCCUUGGAAAGCAGACGAUUUGACAAGGUGAAGGUUGUAAGGGAGACGAUGAAUCGGGCAAUGGAAUUGUGGAAAGGGGUUCCGGGAGUUUCAGAUGAGGUUUCGGAUGAAGCAGAAUCCAAGUCCUCCGUGAAAGAUUUUGGCAGUGAUGAUUUUGGCUAUGUGACCCCUCAUAUGAAAAAAGCAGCCCCUAGAAUCAGGUCACCCACGUCCAAUACUUCAUCUACUACCAACAAUCAAAAGAAUACUUCUUUGAAGAGUGAUUUUGGCAAACCAAAAGCUGCAAGGUCUUGUCAGGCGGAUUUUAAAAGGUUCUCUGAGUGCAGAAUUGAAGUUGCUGUACCAGAAAAUCCCAUUGAGCAGAUGAACCAAAACCUUGGAGAUUCAGAUUCAGAAGAUAGUGAAAGCUGCUUAAACAGAAAUUUUGAAGCGAAGUGCUUCCCAUUCAACCGAAACUCAGAUGAAAGAAGCAGGAUUGGUAGUUCGAAAUUUGGGGCUCGUGUGGUUCCAUUAUAUGGGAAUGCAGACUGUGAUUCAACUGCACUAGAUAUCAAUGCUACUGAUGUGGCUGGGAGCCAAAAAGAGUUUGAAAACCUAUCUUUGAUACAGAAACAACUUCGUCAGAUUGAAAACCAGCAAUCAAGUUUAUUGGAUCUCCUUCAGAGUUUUAUUGGCCAUUCACAAAAUGGGAUGAAUUCUCUGGAGAGACGUGUAAAUGGUCUAGAGAAAGCUCUUGAUGUGAUGUGCAGUGAUCUGGCAAUAUCAACAGGAAAGAUUACAGACACUGAUGCUACAGGAAAUACAUGUUGCAUGCUGCCUGGUGCAGAAUUCUUGAGUCCUAAGUUCUGGAGGAAAAGUGACGGACAGAAUUUCAGUUCGAAGGUUUCUUUCUCAAACCGAUGCCAGUCACUUAAUUAUAUGCCAAACAAAUAUGUAAAUUCUGAAUCAUCAAAACUGGAGAGUCCAAUAGAGAAGCAUCAAAUAGGGAGUGUGUCUGCUGUGGGCUUCAUGGGAGAUGCUCAAGCAGGCUCUAGGGAAACUCCGGAUUCCCACUCAAAAAGAAGGAUUAAUAGGUUACUCAAAGAUGCUGAUGCGGUAAAAAGUUUCUAUAGUGGUGGCCUUGAUAGGGCAUCACAUGCUACUUGUGUACAGAAGCAGACUUGAAUAACUGGUCAUGAAGAACAUGGAAAAGUCGCCGCAGGCUCCACAUUCAGAUGACCGAUUGUCCAUCAUGAAUUGAAUUAGAAUAGGUUCUAGGUUAAAUUCCAAGCAGGGAAGAUCUUAGUUCGGUAGAAUUGCAUGUCAAAGGGUUGGAGCACCAUGCAGCAGCAAUUUUCUCUGUAUUUAUACCACUUCAAAAAGAUCCUUAUUUCAGGGUUUAUUGUGCACGACAUGAUGCUGCCCGUCUUGCGUAA